AAGAGAUCCUCCUCAUGGCCAUGAAGGACAUGAACAUAGCCAAGCUGACAUCCGGUGACGUCCCGCUCUUCAACGCCAUCAUCCAGGACCUCUUCCCGGGCAUCGAGUGCCCCAUCAUUGACUACGGGAAGCUCAAGGAAGUGCUGGAGGGGGAGUUGAGGGAGAUGGGACUGCAGGUCAUUCCCUUCACCAUGAUGAAGGUGAUCCAGCUCUAUGAGACGAAGAACUCCCGCCACUCCUCCAUGAUCGUGGGCAACACCGGCAGCGGCAAGACCGUCACCUGGCGGGCCCUGCAGGCCACUCUCUGCAGCCUGCACAAGAGCGGGGAGACGUCUUUCAACUUGGUCCGGGAGUAUCCCCUGAACCCAAAGGCAGUGUCCCUGGGCGAGCUGUACGGAGAGUACGACCUCAACACCAACGAGUGGACGGAUGGCAUUCUGUCCAGCGUCAUGCGAAUAGCCUGCGCAGAUGAGAAACCGGAUGAAAAGUGGAUCCUCUUUGAUGGACCGGUGGACACGCUGUGGAUUGAGAGCAUGAACUCGGUCAUGGAUGACAACAAAGUCCUGACACUGAUCAAUGGGGAGAGGAUUGCCAUGCCUGAGCAGGUUUCGCUGUUGUUUGAAGUGGAGAACCUCGCUGUUGCCUCGCCUGCCACCGUCUCCCGAUGUGGGAUGGUCUACACAGACUACAGUGACCUGGGUUGGAAGCCAUAUGUCCUGUCCUGGAUUGAGAAGCGCCCCAAGGCUGAAACAGAAACCCUGCAGCGCAUGUUUGACAAAUUCACCAACAAGAUCCUGACCUUCAAGAAGGAGAACUGUCAAGAGUUGGUUCCUAUCUCUGAAUACAGUGGCAUCGUGGCCCUCUGCAAGCUCUUCAUGUCUUUGGCCUCUUCCGAGGAAGGGCUGAAUCCUGCUGAUAUUGAGAACUACAGCACGCUGGUGGAAAUGUAUUUCAUCUUCAGCAUGAUCUGGUCCCUGUGUGCAGCCGUGGAUGAGGAAGGCCGGAAGAAAAUUGACAACUUUCUUCGGGAAAUGGAGGGAUCCUUUCCUAACAAGGACACAGUCUAUGAGUAUUAUGUUGACCCCAAGCGGAAGCAGUGGGCUGCCUUUGAAGACAACCUUCCUAAGAUGUGGAGAUAUCCCCCCAACAUCCCCUUCUAUAAGAUUAUUGUCCCAACCGUGGAUACCAUGCGCUACAACUACAUUGUGAACGCCCUGAUUUCCAACCAGUACCCGGUGCUGCUGGUAGGCAUGGUGGGGACAGGCAAGACCUCCAUUGCACAGGGUGUCCUGCAGGCCCUGGACGGCAUCAAGUGGGCUGUCUUGGUGAUCAACAUGUCUGCACAGACCACCUCCAACAAUGUCCAGAGCAUCAUUGAGAGCCGCGUAGAGAAGCGCACCAAGGGUGUCUACGUGCCAAUGGGCGGGAAGAGCAUGAUCACCUUCAUGGAUGACCUGAACAUGCCUGCCAAGGAUACAUUUGGUUCCCAGCCCCCACUGGAGCUGCUCCGCCUCUGGCUGGACUACGGCUUUUGGUACGACCGGGCCAAGCAGACCAUCAAGUACAUCAAGGACAUGUUCCUGAUGGCAGCCAUGGGGCCCCCCGGAGGAGGGCGUACCGUGAUCUCCAGCCGCCUGCAGAGCCGUUUCAAUCUCAUCAACAUGACCUUCCCCACAGAUUCACAAAUCCGGCGCAUCUUUGGAACCAUGAUCAACCAGAAGUUGCAGAAUUUUGAGGAGGGGGUGAAGCCCAUCGGGAACAUCAUCACAGAGGCAACCGUGGAGCUUUACAACAGUGUUGUCCAGAGGUUCUUGCCCACCCCGGCCAAGAUCCACUACCUCUUCAACCUCCGUGACAUUUCCAAGGUCUUCCAGGGCAUGCUGAGGGCCCACAAGGAUUUCCACGACACCAAAGCCAGCCUGACUCGCCUGUGGAUUCACGAAUGCUUCAGGGUCUUCUCCGACCGCCUGGUGGACAGCGCAGACAUGGAGACCUUUGUGGCCCUCCUGAGUGAGAAGCUGGGCACCUUCUUUGACCUGACCUUUCACCACCUUUGCCCCAACAAGCGUCCGCCCAUCUUUGGGGACUUCAUGCGCAACGUGUACGAGGACAUGAUGGACAUGGCCGUCCUGAAGGCAGAGAUGGAGCGGGCACUGGGUGACUACAACCGGAUGCCAGGGGUGGUGCCGAUGAGACUGGUGCUUUUCCGAGAUGCAAUUGAGCACAUAACCCGUAUCGUCCGGGUGAUCAGCCAGCCCCGAGGGAACAUGCUGUUGGUGGGCAUUGGAGGAAGUGGGCGCCAGAGCCUUGCACGCUUGGCCUCCUCCAUCUGUGAAUACUACACUUUCCAGAUUGAGGUUUCCAGGCAGUACCGUAAACAAGAGUUUCGAGAAGACAUCAAGAAGCUGUACCGCCAGACCGGGGUAGACCUGAAGCCCACCACUUUCCUCUUUGUGGACACUCAGAUAGCAGACGAAUGCUUCCUGGAGGACAUCAACAACAUUCUCAGCUCCGGGGAAGUGCCCAACCUCUACAAGUCAGAUGAGUUUGAGGAGAUCCAAAGCCACAUCAUUGACGCGGCUCGGGCGGAGGGCAUCCAGGAGAGCCAGGACAGCCUCUUUGCCUACCUGAUCGAGAGGGUCCGGAACAACCUGCACGUGGUGCUGUGCCUAAGCCCCGUGGGGGAUCCGUUCAGGAACCGGAUUCGCCAGUACCCCGCUUUGGUGAACUGCACCACCAUCGACUGGUUCUCGGAGUGGCCCAAGGAAGCAUUGCUGGAGGUGGCGGAGAAGUACCUGGAGGGUGUGGAUCUGGGAGCCGUGGAAAAGGGAAGCCUGGACACGAUGCAAAAGCGAGUCGCUAAAAUCUUUGUCACCAUGCACUGGUCGGUGGCCAGAUACUCCCAGAAGAUGCUGCUGGAGCUCCGGCGCCAUAACUACGUCACGCCCACCAACUACCUGGAGUUGGUGUCUGGCUACAAGAAGCUUCUGGCAGAGAAGCGGAAGGAGCUUUCUGACCAAGCCAACAAGCUUCGCAACGGGCUCUUCAAAAUUGAUGAGACCCGACAGAAGGUGGAGGUGAUGACUGUGGAGCUGGAGGAGGCCAGGAGGAAGGUGGCCGAGUUCCAGAAGCAGUGUGAGGAGUACCUGGUCAUUAUUGUCCAGCAGAAACGGGAAGCUGAUGAGCAACAGAAGACGGUGACGGCGAACAGCGAGAAGAUCGCUGCUGAGGAGAUCAAGUGCAAAGCUUUGGCUGACAAUGCCCAGAAGGACUUGGAAGAAGCGUUGCCUGCCUUGGAGGAGGCCAUGAAGGCCUUGGAAUCCCUCAACAAGAAGGACUUGACAGAGAUCAAGUCCUACGGCCGGCCACCCACGCUGGUGGAGACUGUCAUGCAGGCUGUCAUGAUCCUACGUGGCAAUGAGCCCACCUGGGCGGAAGCCAAGAAGCAGCUAGGGGAGCCCAACUUCAUCAAGCAGCUGGUGUACUUUGACAAGGACAACAUCUCAGACAAGGUCCUCAAGAAGAUCAGUGCUUACUGCUCCCAGCCAGACUUCCAGCCAGACAUCAUCGGGCGGGUCUCGGUGGCCGCAAAGUCUCUGUGCAUGUGGGUGCGAGCCAUGGAGAUGUAUGGACGCAUUUAUCGGGUGGUGGAGCCCAAGCGUGCCCGUAUGAAUGCCGCCUUGGCCCAGCUGGCCGAGAAGCAGGCGGCCCAAGCUGAAGCUCAGGAGCGGCUCCGAGAGGUUGCAGAGAAGCUGGAGAUGCUGAAAAAGGAGUACGAGGAGAAGCUGGCUCAGAAGGAGGAGCUGCGCAAGAAGUCGGAGGAGAUGGAAAUCAAACUGGACCGGGCUGACAAGCUGGUCUCGGGCCUGGCUGGAGAGAAAAUCCGGUGGGAGGAAACGGUCAAGGGCCUUGAGGAAGACCUGGGCUACCUGGUGGGUGACUGCCUGCUUGCAUCAGCCUUUGUGUCCUAUAUGGGGCCCUUCCUAUCCAAUUACCGGGAUGAGAUGGUUUCCCACAUCUGGAUGAAGCAGAUUCGGGAGCUCCACGUGCCCUGCUCCCCCCUCUUCACAUGUGACAGCUUCCUUUCUAAUCCAACCAUUGUGCGCAACUGGAACAUCCAGGGACUGCCGUCCGAUGACUUCUCAACGGAAAAUGGAAUUAUCGUGACACGAGGCAACCGGUGGCCUCUGAUGAUCGACCCUCAAUGCCAGGCCACCAAGUGGAUCAAGAACAUGGAAGCCAAGAAAGGCUUGAAGAUUAUUGACUUGCAGAUGCCCGACUACCUGCGCAUCCUGGAGACAGCUAUCCAGUUUGGCUCUCCGGUGCUGCUGCAAAACGUGCAGGAGGAGCUGGACCCCACACUGGCCCCCAUCCUGAAUAAGUCUGUCACCAAAGUGGGUGGGCGCUUGCUGAUCAGGCUGGGGGACAAGGAGGUGGAAUAUCACCCCGAGUUCCGCUUCUACCUCACCACCAAGCUCUCCAACCCACACUACACACCAGAGACCUCCUCGCAGACCACCAUUGUCAACUUUGCGGUCAAGGAGCAGGGCCUGGAGGCCCAGCUGCUGGGCAUUGUGGUCCGGAGGGAGAGGCCCGAGCUGGAGGAGCAGAAGGACUCGCUGGUGCUCAACAUUGCAGCGGGCAAGAGGAAGCUGAAGGAGCUGGAGGAUGAGAUCCUCAGGUUGCUGAACGAAGCCACGGGCUCCCUCCUGGACGACGUGCAGCUCGUGAACACCUUGCAGACCUCCAAGCUCACGGCCACAGAAGUCACCGAGCAGCUGGAAACCAGCGAGAUGACUGAGAUCAAAAUUGACACGGCUCGGGAGGCCUAUCGGCCGUGUGCUCAGAGGGCCUCCAUCCUCUUCUUCGUCCUCAACGACAUGGGGCGAAUCGACCCCAUGUACCAGUUCUCCCUGGAUGCCUACAUCGACCUCUUCAACCUCAGCAUUAACAAGAGCCAUCGGAGCAACAAGCUGGACGAGCGAAUCCGCCAUCUCAAUGAAUACCAUACCUACGCCGUCUACAGGUACACCUGCCGGGGUCUCUUUGAGCGACACAAGCUGCUCUUCAGCUUCCAGAUGUGCGCCAAAAUCCUGGAAGUGUCUGGCACCCUCAAGAUGGACGAGUACAACUUCUUCCUGCGCGGGGGAGUGGUGCUGGACCGGGAAGGGCAGAUGGACAACCCUUGCACCAGCUGGCUGUCCGAUAUCUACUGGGACAACAUCACCGAGUUGGACAAGCUCACCAACUUCCAUGGCAUCAUGAACUCCUUUGAACAGUAUCCCAGGGACUGGAACCUUUGGUACACCAGCUCCAAGCCGGAGAAGGCCAUGCUGCCAGGCGAGUGGGAAAACUCCUGCAACCAGAUGCAGCGCAUGCUCGUCGUCCGGUCUCUGCGCCCGGACCGGGUGGCCUUCUGCGUUACGGCAUUCAUCGUCUCCAACCUGGGCUCCCAAUUUAUCGAGCCCCCGGUGCUCCACAUGAAGUCGGUGGUGGACGACUCCACCACGAAGACCCCCCUGAUCUUUGUGCUGUCUCCAGGCGUCGACCCCACCUCCUCCCUGCUUCAGCUGGCCGAGCAAUCCGGCAUGGCUCAGCGUUUCCAUGCCCUCUCCUUGGGUCAGGGUCAGGCGCCCAUCGCCACACGCAUGAUUAAAGACGGGGUCCACCAGGGUAACUGGGUCUUCCUGGCCAACUGCCACCUGUCUCUUUCCUGGAUGCCUCAGCUGGACAAGCUGGUGGAGCAGCUGCAGGUCGAAGAACCACACCCCUCCUUCCGCCUGUGGCUCAGCUCCAGCCCCCAUCCCGACUUCCCCAUCUCUAUCCUGCAGGCUGGCAUCAAGAUGACAACGGAGCCUCCCACAGGCUUGAAGGCCAACAUGAAGCGCUUGUACCACCUCAUCACGGACCCCCAGUUCAACCGCUGCACAAAGCCGAGCAAGUACAAGAAGCUGCUCUUUGCCCUCUGCUUCUUCCACAGCAUCCUGCUGGAGCGCAAGAAGUUUCUGCAGCUGGGCUGGAACAUCAUCUAUGGCUUCAACGACUCGGAUUUUGAGGUGGAGACCCCGGGAGGGAGGCAGCGGCGGCAGGCGGGGCAGGAUGGCCGCCGAAAGCUGGGAGAGAGGUCUCGGUGCCCUCCCUCCUUGGGCUUGGGGGCCCGGGGGCUCCGGGAGCUGUUGCACACUCCUGCUGGGCCAUCUUUGCAUCUGCCGUGAGAUGGAGAUAUGGGGCUGGUGGCAGAGAGAUGGAUUCUGGUUGCUCAGCUCAGGAGCCAUCUUGGCAUAGCCUGUAAGCUGCAUGUGGAAGAGGAGGAGCCCAGAGUUUGACACCUCUGGCCCAGAGCCUCCACCUCUGGCUCCACCCUCAUUGCUCAGCCCCCUCCUCU